AUGGUAACCGCGGGUCUCCAAUACGAGAAGUCUUCUCGCGCAACCAACAUGCUCUACAUGCAGAUGUUCUUCGCGCUUGGUUUCGACAAGCUGAUCUGGGGUACAACGCCGAGUGCCUUAUCCAUUGUUGGGUCGUCGCUCAUCCUGGGUUCGGCCAUAUACGUUGCAAUGAACAAGGAACAGCCGAAGAAGACAGCUGAGCCAAUGGGUAGAGGAGACAGCGAGGAAGAAAGGGGGUUGAUGUCGCCAGCUUAUGACGUCGAGCGAAGGGAUGAUGAUGACGCCGAUAUACAGAUGCGACCACUGAGAUGA